AUGCUUGGCACGUCGGGCACGUCGGGCACCACGGCUGAGGAGCCCCUCGACACCUCGGCUGACAUGAUCGUUGAAUCGCAGGAGUCGAACUUGCAGGACAAGGAGCGUUUUGACGACUCGGCCAUCAACAAGCUGCCUGAGCCCGCCAGAAACGAGAUUCACGUCAUGAUCAGCAAGGUCAAGAAGAUUGUGACCGAGGACUUUGCGCUGGUGAUGGGAGACACUGUCGACGAUGGUGACUGCAGCGGGUCCAAGGAGGUGGUUGGCAUGCUUGUGAGGCAGGAGCAGAUGCAGUCGUGGCAUGCGUGA